CCUCAGCCAGACCCUCGCAGCCAAACAUAGGCAGCGACUUCCAAACAGUAAGGUCGCUGGCCAGAGGCUGGGGAUUCUGGCCUGGGCAGGCAAUGCGGACACGCUGCUGCGUUGCUGCGCAAGUGUCUGCAUGUGCGCUGCUGGCUGGGGCGCAGGCGGGCGCUAUGAGGGACGACGAGAUAGACCGAGACCGCAGAGAUCACGAUGCGUUCGUGCGAGCGAGGAGGCAGGACGAUUACCCGCGGAGCCCCCGCUAUGAGACUGACCGGGAGAGGGGCGACUCCCGCGGCCGAUGGGAGAUAGAUCAGGUCCGACGAGACGGAUAUAGGGGAGGUAGAUACGAGAGAUCGGGCCAAGAUGGGUAUAGGGAUGACAGAUACGAGAGGUCGAGCCGAGGUGGUAGGUAUGAGAGAGGAGAUCGGGACUGGGAACGACGAGAUGGGUCGCGCGAACGGUUUGAGCGCGGGGAAGACGUGAGAGGACAGAGCGACGGGUCACGAGGAUGGUACGACCGAGGAGACCGAUGGGAUGAGCCACAUGGGCGAUUUGACUCGGGGAACCGCCGAUAUGAUUCGCGAGGGCGGUACGAGCGAGGGGGGUCUGGAGGAGACAGGCGCAACGAUCCGCGCAGUCGGAAUGAGAGAGGGGAAUAUGGUGUCUCAUCAGAACCAUAUCCUAAGUCGCCUGACCCCAACGUGGUCAGGAAAUUGAUGUCUAGGGGGGCGGACGACAGGGCGUCUACUCCCAGGAACUCAUGCGUCUAUUGUAGGGGAGAAGAUCAUAUGAAAAGGGAUUGCCCGGACCUUAAACGGGCAAUAGAAGAGGGACUUGUCGUGCUUGACGAUCGCAAGUACGUCAAGUGGGCAGAUGAUCUCGGAGAUGCAUCGAUGUUCCCUUCGAUGAAGGAGAAUGUCGAAGCAAGGAAAAUAAAGACGAGUAGAAGAAUGGAGCCGGUCAGGAGCCAGAGCAUCAAGAUAACUUUUGAAGGGGACAAGGCAACCACACCCAUAAGAGUGGCGGCCACGAAGUCGGCAAGAGGGUCUACAUCGAAGAAGAUGACACGGACUACGUGAUGGCAGAGAAGGAGGGGCAGCGAGUUGAUGGAGAGGAGGUUAUCCUUUCGGCGCGGAAACGGAGAAUGAAGAAGUUUUUGAUGA